AUGUCUACCUGCGGUACUGCCGCAAAAUACGACGGCAAGAUCGGGAUACGGAUAUCGGCUAUCUUCGUUAUCUUUGCAGGCUCUCUACUAGGUGCCUGGUUUCCUGUAUUCGCCUCAAGACACAAGGGCGCUGGGCUGCCGUCAUGGGCGCAUUUUGUAGCGAAGUACUUUGGAAGCGGGGUCAUUGUGGCUACGGCCUUCAUACACUUGCUCGCACCCGCCAGUGAAGCGCUCAGAGACCCAUGCUUAACUGGGGUCAUUACGGAAUAUCCGUGGGUGGAAGGGAUUUGUCUCAUGUCCAUCUUUGCCCUAUUUUUCGUGGAGCUCAUGAUCAUGAGGUACGCCAAAUUCGAAACCGGCCAUGGCCAUGGACAUGGGGCGCACCUGGAGCCAGCUUCGCACUCCCACGGACAGCCGACCCCAGAUGAGAAGACGAUCCAUAGUACGGAGUCUGGCAUAGCGCUGCAGGAUACGGGCAGCGGAAGCUCUCCGCCCGUGGAGCCGGACAUUGAAAGCCAACACCGCCAGACCGAACACCACGCCCUGCCCACCGCGGAACCCUACGCAGCGCAGUUAACAGGCGUCUUCAUCCUCGAAUUCGGGGUGGUCUUCCACUCGAUCUUCCUCGGUCUCACGCUCGCAGCUGCCGGCAAGGAGUUCUACACCCUCUACGUGGUCCUCAGCUUCCACCAGACCUUCGAGGGCAUUGCAUUGGGAAGCCGACUCGCCAGUAUCCCGUGGCCGAAGUCGCGGCGAUGGACGCCAUACAUGUUGGCUGUGGGCUACGCAGUCUCAACGCCCAUCGCCCUGGCCAUUGGCCUUGGAGUCCGCGAGACGCUGGAUACGGGUAGCCAGAGCGGGCUCAUCACCAAUGGGGUGUUCGACUCCAUUGCGGCUGGUAUUUUGAUCUACACCGGUUUGAUCGAGCUGAUGGCGCAUGAUUUCCUGUUCUCAGAACACAUGCAGUGCGCGCCAGUAAGAAAACUGCUUGGUGCUUUCGGCACGAUGUGUUGCGGAGCCUUCCUGAUGGCCUUGCUGGGAAAGUGGGCGUGA